AUAUACGAGUAAUAGCGAUAUCAAAUCGGGUUUCCGUAUCGGCACUCGAUACGUUUGACCGCAGAAGAACGCUCCCUCGAACGAUCGAUCGAGUAGAUAGUAGGAAGAGGCGAGCCGAAUAGGAUUUCAACUCUGCAAUAAAUCUAUCAGUUGUUAUUUAGCAAAAAAUAUUUACUUCUUGGAGAUGAGGAAGCGAGAUUUAGCAAUUUUGAUGCUCUCGGCUUUCGCCAUUUUCUUCUCUCUACAGCACGAAGGUGACUUUUCGUUCAAAGAGGCUUGGUUCCAUCUUUCUGAUGAGUAUCCGAUUAAGUAUGAGGCUGAACGGCUCCCGCCACCAAUCGUGGCCGAUUUGAAUGGCGAUGGGAAGAAAGAGGUUCUCGUGGCUACUCAUGAUGCAAAAAUUCAGGUUUUAGAACCUCAUGUGAGGCGUGUCGAUGGAGGGUUUAGUGAAGCACGUGUGCUGGCAGAGGUCUCUCUUUUGCCUGACAAACUCCGUAUAGCCACAGGGAGGCGUGCAGUAGCAAUGGCAACUGGAUUUAUUGACAAGCAUUACAAUAAAAGGGAACCUCAAAAGCAGGUCUUAGUUGUUGUGACAUCAGGAUGGUCUGUCAUGUGCUUUGAUCACAACAAAAAUAAGCUCUGGGAAGUGAAUCUUCAGAAAGAAUUUCCCCAUAAUGCUCAUCAUAGGGAGGUUGCAAUCUCUAUCAGUAACUAUACAUUGAGACAUGGAGAUUCAGGCUUGGUAAUCGUGGGUGGAAGAAUGGAGAUGCAGCCCCAUAUGCAUGUAGAUCCUUUUGAGGAGAUGGAGAUGGCUGAAAAAAAUGCUGAGGAUCAUAGAAGAAGUGCCACUGAAAAGGAUGAUGCUGAUAGUUCAGGAACAGUAGAUUUACGACACUUCGCUUUAUAUGCAUUUGCUGGUCGAAGUGGUGAACUGCGGUGGAGCCGGAAAAAGGAGAACAUUGAGGCUCAAUCUUCUGAUGCAUCACAGUUGAUUCCGCAACACAAUUACAAGCUUGAUGUUCAUGCUUUAAACACCCGUCAUCCAGGAGAGUUUGAGUGCAGGGAGUUCAGAGAAUCCAUUCUUGGAGUCAUGCCUCACUACUGGGAUCGUCGGGAGGACACUUUGCUGAAGUUGGCGCAUUUCAGGCGUCACAAGAGGAAAGCACUGAAGAAAAUACCUGGAAAGUCUGUCACCUAUCCUUUUCACAAACCUGAAGAAAAGCAUUCUCCUGGAAAGGAUGUAACAAAGAAAGUAUCAAAUGUCAUUGACAAGGCAGUUAAUAUUGCUAAAUCUUCAAAGACAAAGAAGCAUGUCCAGUAUAUACCUACCAUAACAAAUUACACUCAGCUCUGGUGGGUGCCUAAUGUUGUUGUUGCUCAUGAGAAAGAAGGGAUUGAAGCAGUUCAUUUGGCAUCCGGGCGCACUCUUUGCAAGCUACAUUUACAAGAAGGUGGUCUUCAUGCUGAUAUUAAUGGAGAUGGUGUUCUCGAUCAUGUCCAGGCUGUUGGAGCAAAUGGUGCUGAACAGAGUGUUGUGAGUGGAUCCAUGGAAAUCUUGCGUCCCUGUUGGGCUAUUGCAACAUCUGGUGUCCCAGUUCGAGAACAGCUUUUUAAUGCUUCCAUAUGUCAUCAUGCACCGUUCAAUUUAUUCCAGCAUGGAGAGUUCUCGAGAAGCUUUGGUAGACAUGCAGAUGUGAGCUCGUUGGAGGUUGCAACACCAAUUCUUAUACCAAGAAAUGACGGUCAUAGGCAUAGGAAGGGAAGUCAUGGGGAUGUUAUCUUCCUAACAAAUCGUGGAGAGGUAACAUCUUAUUCUCCCGGCUUGCAUGGGCACGAUGCUGUCUGGAAUUGGCAGCAGUUAACUGGAGCUACAUGGUCUAACCUUCCCUCACCUUCCGGAAUGGUGGAGUCCAAUGUUGUCCCCACGCUGAAGGCAUUUCCGUUGCGCCAACACGAUCCCCAACUAAUGAUUCUUGCAGCAGGAGAUCAAGAAGCUGCUGUGUUGUCUCCCGGCGGAAGUACUCUAGCAACUGUGGAGCUUCCUGCACCCCCUUCACAUGCUUUGGUGACUGACGAUUUCUCAAAUGAUGGAUUGACAGAUCUCAUUCUUGUCACUUCCAAUGGAGUCUAUGGUUUUGUUCAGACGAGGCAACCAGGUGCCUUAUUCUUCAGCACGCUUGUGGGUUGCCUCAUUGUGGUGAUGGGGGUGUUGUUUGUGUCUCAAUACCUGAAUUCAGGAAAGGGAAAGCCGCGUGUAUCAUCAGGUCAGCUAUAAUGAAGUUGAAAUCAAAUCAAUAUUCUGAAAUCCUUAAUUACCGGGGAAGGAUGAUGCAUAUGCGUAUAGAGAAGAAACAAACGUUUGGUGUUGGUGUAAGAUAGAUAGAUAAAUGGAUCUAACAUGAUCAUCUAAGGGGGCAUACAAGAAGAAGAGUGUUGCUAUUUGUAAGAAAUGCUGUGGUACCUACUCACCCUACCCUAUCCUACCCUACCCGAGUGGCAAAAUGGUGUAAGGUAUAUGCAAUGCAUAUAUACGACAUAUAUUAAUUGUUGUUUGGUUUUGUA